UCUUCCUCAUCUUCGAAAGCCUCUUUGUUAUUACUUCUCUCUCGCAGAAACCAAAACAUGUCUCCUCCUACUUCUCACAAAGCUAAUUCAAGUUCAACAAUAACAAUGCUUCUGCUACUGUCUGUGCUCAUGGCUUCUGUGAUGGCCGCCACCGCCGGCAACUUUCUCCAAGACGUCGACAUAACUUGGGGCGGUCCGCGGGCCCAGAUGCUGAAUGGAGGCCGACAUCUCACGCUCUCACUCGACAAAGACUCUGGCUCUGGUUUCAAAUCCAAGAAGGAGUUUCUGUUUGGAAGGUUUGAUGUACAGAUGAAGCUCGUCCCCGGAAACUCUGCUGGCACUGUCACCACCUUCUACUUGUCCUCUCAAGGAGCAUCGCACGAUGAGAUUGACUUUGAAUUCUUAGGAAACUCAUCUGGAGAUCCAUACACACUACAUACCAACGUCUACUCGCAAGGCAAAGGAGACAGGGAACAGCAAUUUUACCUCUGGUUUGAUCCCACAAAGGCCUUUCACACCUACUCCAUCGACUGGUCUCCACAAAGUAUCAAGUUUCUAGUGGAUGGCAUUCCCGUAAGGGUGUUCCACAACUGGGAAAAGAUUGGAGUUUCGUACCCGAAGAACCAACCCAUGAGAGUUUAUUCAAGUCUGUGGAACGCAGACGAUUGGGCAACCAGAGGGGGGCUGGUUAAGACUGAUUGGACGAAGGCUCCUUUCACAGCAUCUUACAGAAACUUCAAUGCCAAUGGGUGCGUUGCGACGGCCGGUUCAUCGUCCUGUGGCUCCAAGUUUGCCAAUACUUUGCAAGGAGGAGCACAGAACGAUCAAGGGCUGGAUCCUAAGAGUAGGAAUAGACUCCGAUGGGUGCAGUCCAAGUUCAUGAUAUACAAUUACUGCACCGACUUCAAAAGAUUUCCUCAAGGGGUUCCAGCUGAAUGCAGGCGCCCAAGGUUCCUGUGAGAGAGGUUACAUUACAAGCGAAACUCCAAAGCCAUAUUAUGUGCAGUUUAACACAAUCAACUGUUUCUGUGUCUCCUGUAUUGUUAGUUCUCGUGGAUAUGAUUUCAUUUAAUUUUUUUUAUUCUUUUUGCAUAUAAAUCUGGAAGCCAUCAGUUAUCUUGUUUUACUUCUUACUAUAUAAAUUUCAUUUUGAAUAA